UCAACCAACCAAACCAAGCAAUGAGGCCACCAAGACCAACCAUAGCUCUUUACCUCCUGUCCUUCCUUCUCUCCUCCCUUGUACUUCACAGACCCACCUUUGCCAUCAAAAAGUCAUAUGUGGUGUACUUGGGAUCACAUUCACAUCCCCCAAACUUAUCAGAACUUGAACUGAACCAAGUGACAGAGAAUCACUACGAGUUUCUUGGGUCCUUCUUGGGCAGCCAUGAAGUUGCAAAAGAAUCCAUCUUUUACUCAUACACAAGGCACAUCAAUGGCUUUGCUGCCACAUUAGAAGAAGAAGAGGCAGCUCAGAUAGCCAAGCAUCCAAAGGUAGUCUCCAUUUUCUUGAACCAGGGAAGAAAAUUACACACAACUAGAUCAUGGGAUUUCUUGGGGCUUGAGCAUGAUGGUGUUACUCCACCCAACUCAAUCUGGAACAAGGCAAGAUAUGGUGAAGAUACAAUCAUAGGAAACCUUGAUACUGAUCAGAGAUCUCAGAGAGAAUCUUGUAACUCAUUUGGUGACAAAAUUUUGCAUGAAAGGAAGCUAAUUGGAGCAAGAUACUUCAACAAGGGCUUUGCUGCAGUUUCUGCCCCCCUAAACUCCUCCUUUGACUCACCAAGAGACAAUGAAGGCCAUGGCUCUCACACCCUGUCAACAGCUGCGGGCAAUUUUGUAACUGGGGCAAGUGUGUUUGGGUUUGGUAAUGGAACAGCAAAGGGUGGAUCACCAAAAGCCAGAGUUGCAGCUUAUAAAGUGUGUUGGCCUCCAGUGAAUGGAAGUGAAUGCUUUGAAGCAGAUAUAUUGGCUGCAUUUGAUAUUGCCAUCCAUGAUGGUGUUGAUGUAUUGUCUGUGUCACUGGGUGGAGAUCCCACUGCAUUCUUCAAUGACAGUACUGCAAUAGGUGCUUUUCAUGCUGUUAAGCAUGGCAUUGUGGUGGUUUGCUCAGCUGGGAAUUCCGGUCCAGAUGAAGGUACCGUCUCCAAUAUAGCGCCAUGGCAGAUCACUGUUGGUGCUAGUACCAUAGACAGGGAGUUCCCCAGUUAUGUCACCCUUGGAAACUGGAAGCACUUCAGGGGACAGAGCUUAUCGGCUGUGGCCUUGCCGGGGAAAAGGUUCUACCGGCUUAUUAGUGCUGCAGCUGCUAAAGCAGCUAACGCAUCAGUUCAAGAAGCUCUGUUAUGCAAGGCUGGCACACUUGAUCCCAGAAAGGUGAAGGGAAAGAUCUUGGCCUGCCUUCGAGGAGACAAUGCAAGAGUGGACAAGGGUGAGCAAGCCUUACUGGCUGGCGCCGUGGGAAUGAUUCUUGCUAACAAUGAGCUUAAUGGGAACGAAAUUAUUUCUGAUCCACAUGUCCUCCCUGCUUCACAUAUCAAUUUCACCGACGGUGCCCUUGUCUUUGCUUACAUCAAUUCAACUAAGUCUCCCAGGGCUUACAUAAAGCGUCCAACAACGCAACUGGGAACGAAGCCAGCUCCCUUCAUGGCAGCAUUUUCAUCAAAGGGACCCAACACCAUCACACCAGACAUCCUUAAGCCUGAUAUCACUGCGCCAGGAGUGAGUAUCAUAGCAGCCUACACUGAAGCACAAGGGCCAACAAAUCAAAUGUUUGACCAACGGCGAGUUCUGUUCAACUCAGUGUCAGGCACAUCAAUGUCGUGCCCUCAUAUUUCCGGCAUUUGUGGCCUUCUUAAAACCCUCUAUCCUCACUGGAGCCCUGCAGCUAUUAAAUCUGCAAUCAUGACCACAGCGACAACACAAGAUAAUAGCAGGGAACCAGUGCUCAAUGCUUCUUUCUAUAGGGCAACACCAUUUAGUUAUGGUGCAGGGCACGUUAAUCCUAACUGUGCCAUGGAUCCUGGCUUGGUUUAUGACUUGUCCCUUAAUGAUUACUUGAACUUUCUAUGUUCAAAUGGAUACAACGAAACACAAAUCGAAAUGUUCUCAGAGGAGACAUAUAAGUGCCCAAAACCUGCUAUUAGUCUCACUAAUCUCAACUAUCCCUCAAUCACUGUCCCUAAACUCAAUGGAUCCCUUGUGGUGACUAGAACAGUGAAAAAUGUUGGCACUCCAGAUUCCAUCCAAGUGGAAAGGAAUCUGCCAAAAUGA